UAUAUAUAUAUAUAUAUAUAUUUGUUUUUGGUAGAUGUGUAAACAUAUAAUAUACAUUCUUUGUUUGUCUUAGAGGUUACUGAGAAAAUGAUGCAGAUGGCUAUAGAUUCUGUUGUUUGAUUGCUUAAGUGGGUUAUGGUGUUUGAUGGUCUAACAUUUUGGUUUCCUUCUGUCUUUUUCACAUUACGUUCUUCUUUUGCAACCAAACAGGGCUGGAAAUUUGCAACACCUUGAUGAUAUGACCAGACAUGGUUUAGUUGCACUUGUAAUUGAUUUGCAUUGGUAUAUGGUUUACAAGCAAUUUUUUGGCGGGAUGCUGAGGAAAUUUCUUACUUUGGUAUAAGAUAAAUGCCAUACCUGCCUUCAGAACAAGAACACGAAGAUUUCCAAUAAGAAAGCGGAAAGAGGAAAAGAAGUAUACAGGAAAGAGCUGUUUUAAUUGCUCAAGAUUCUAAUUCAUCAUGGACAACACUUCGGAUCAAAAUUUGCAUGGUAAGAAUGAAAGCAAGUUUAGAGAUGAAGGAGCUAAAUCCACUCGUCCAGACAUCGAUGAGAAGGAGGUCUUAAAACCGAUUUCAAGUUCCCCAAAUGGCAGUAAUUUAGGUAAGGCUAUAGACUGGAAAGUAGGAGAAAACAUUCUCCAAGAUACACAUCCUGGAGAUACUGGGGAUGUAAACAUGGAGGCUUCCAUAAAUGCUGAUGAUGUUAUACGGGCUGGAGGAUUUGGAGCUAGAGAUGAUAUUAGUAGCUUUCUUCCUGUUGCAAGUGAUUCUACAGAUUUUGAAGCUACUAUCCGUGAUGCUCGAGAAUACGAGGAACCACAGGGUGAAAUAUGCAGACCAGGCCUCGGUUGGACUGGAUCUCCGGAAACAAAAUAGUUAAAUCGUUACUAAUAGUAGGCUAUAGUCUUCUAAUAGUAGGCUAUAGUCUUCUAACAGUAGACUUUUUUUUUUACUUUCAGAACUUUAAGGUAUGAUCAUACUACUAUACAAUAUAAACAUAGUUAAUUAAACGAUUUUCCA